AAAAGAUGUUUAACUUUGGACUGUUUAAGUUUUAUAUUUUAAUUAUUUAACUUUAAUUUUUAUUUUAAAAAUAUACUUAAUAAAACUAAAAAAUGGAUUGAAAAAUUGAAUCGAAAUCAAGGAUGUCUACAUCAUCCCAUUUAAAUUGGUUGAUUAUUCGUAAUCAUAAUUCAUUCAUGCUGAAAAAGCGCGACGUCAAGAAGCCAUUCAGCACUGAACCAAAUAACUUAACAAAUCUUAGCUCAUACAGAUAUAGUGGUUUAGUUCAUAAAAAAACAAUUGCUGUAGUACCAGCAUCUGAUAAAAAGGGAUUCACAGUAAUUACAAAGAAGGGAAAAUAUCAAAAUCGUCCAUCAAAAAAUUCAGUAUCUGUAACAUUUAAAGCUGGCCCACGUAGAUCUUUGAAAAAAUUGAGAAAAUAUUUGUUGCAUAACAAAUAUAGAUAUGACUUGAAACAAGCUGCUUUAAGACGAGCAUCAGCUGUAUUGAGGUCCCAAAAACCAAGAGCAUCAAAGAAAGCUAAAAAAGCUGAAUAAAGUGAUUAAAGAAAAAAUUAAAUAAAGUAAUUUUUUGAAAAC